UCCUCUCUCCUAGCUGUCUGUCUUCCUCUCACUUCUGUCUCUAUCUCUGUUUCACUUUCUCUCUUCAAUCUCAGAUUCUCAAUGGAAAACAUUUAUAAUAAUAAUAAUAUUAAUAAUGAUAAAGCUCUGAUGGAAGAAGAUGAGCAGCGAGGAAAUGAACAUGAAGACGAGGAGAAAUUUCUCGAAGAGUUCAAAUGUUGCGUUUGUCUAGAACUCCUUUACAAGCCAGUUGUGUUGGCGUGUGGCCACAUUUCAUGCUUCUGGUGUGUGUUUAGUGCCAUGAAUGUUUGGCAUGAGUCCCACUGUCCAGUUUGCCGCCACCCGUAUAAUCAUUUCCCAAGUAUUUGUCAAUUGCUGCAUUUCGUGCUCUCAAAGUUGUAUCCUUUAACCUUCAAGAGAAGGGAAAGAGAAGUGGGAGAAGAAGAAAAUAAGCGUGGUCAUUUCUCGCCGCAGUUUGAUUGUUAUUUAUUUGGAUCAAACCCUAGUAAGGAGUUUGAAAACGUAGGCAAUACUCUACAUUCUCCUUCUCAUCAACAAGAAAGUCAUUGUUCCGGAGAAGAGAUGUCUUCCUCAGUCUUGAAUUUGUUGGAAAUGACUGUUGAAUGUGGAAAUGAUACCUGCAAACCAGCAACAUCUUCAGAAAGAUCUGAGGCCACUCCAAAUGCAACCAUCCAAGAAUGUAAUUUGGUUGGAAAUAAUAUUGAAAAUAAAUCUCUCAACCAAAUUUCCGUUGAUGAUUUAUCCUGUGCUGCAUGUGAAAAGAUGCUCUUUCAGCCAGUUGUUCUAAAUUGUGGCCAUGUAUAUUGUGAGUCAUGUAUCAUUAUUCCUGAAGGUGGAAACUUUCGAUGCCCAGUCUGUCAAAGCUUGCAGCCACGUGGGCUCCCUAACGUUUGUUUGAUUCUAAAGCAUUUCUUGGAGGAGCAAUUUCCUGCGUUAUAUGCAGAGAGAGGGAAAGCUUUACUUAAACAAACAAAUUGUUCAAGACAACAACAUUCUAGCCGAACAUCACCAUUUCCUAAAAAUGCGUACUCAUCAUGGUGGUCUGGCAGUGGGCCAAAGGUCCAUGUUGGAGUGGGUUGUGAUUUAUGUGGGAUGUCUCCAAUAAUAGGGGAGAGAUACAAAUGCAAGGACUGCAAGGAAUCGAUAGGUUUUGACCUAUGUGAAAACUGCCAUAAUAAUCCUGUCAAGAUCCCAGGACGAUUUAAUCAACAGCAUAAACCAGAACACAAGCUUGAACUUAUACAGCCAGCAGGCAUAAGUGAUCUGCUGUAUAGGAUGAAUUCUGAAUUGUCUGAUGAUGAGGGCUCAGAUGCUCCAGAAAAUCAAGAUAGUGUUUCCCAUGCUCUCAUUUCAUCAGCUGAUGUUCCACAUCACCAAGAAGAUGAUAAUAAUGAUCUUGAAGAUGCUUCUUCUCCAUACAUUGUGUCAGUUGAUGUUUCAAUGCAUGAGGAAGAUGAUUCUUACGACAACCCUCAAUCAGAUUUGACUUGAUGAGAACAGGAAGUUGCAUUAAGGUAAAAAUGGUGGCAAGUAGUUGGAGGGCAAGAGUUUUCCUUGAAGCGACAACGCUAGGAAAUCUUUGUUAAGCUAUUGUGCAAUUGAAAAAGGUAUGGGUUGUGCAUCCAAAGAGAUGAAAUAUUGUGGGUUAUAUCAUGAAGGCGGAGACUGCAAGGUCUUUCGGAUAAGGAUAAUGUGUAGCAGAGGCAAGUUCUUAAUUGCCUAU